AUGAUGAAUAAUAUCAUUGCGCCGCAGAGAUAUAUGUGCCACCAACGCCUUCCAAAGACAAGACAAGACCAAAGAGAUGGAGGUCAUUUCAAUUUCCAAUCAAGCUGUUUUCAAGGGAUUCCAUACGAGCGACGUAUUGUCUGGUUGUUUGAUACGGAAUUAGUCAGCUAUUAUCCAGAUGCAAGCUGA